AUGGGGGGAAAGGAGCAGGAAAUUAAAAAGCGAAAAGCUGUUGCAAAAUCUUGCCAAACAUUGGAUGGCUGGGUCAACAAAAAAUACCGUGAAGAUAGGAAUGAAUGCCUACCACCCGAUUUAGAAGAACAGUAUGCGAACCAAAAGAAAGAUGAAAACCCAGACCACGGUUGUCCUGAAGCAAAGUACAAGUUGCUGGCAAUACAGACAAAUACAAUAUUUUAUUUUUAUUUUUUUUUAUUCAUAGGAAAUAUAGAGAACUUUGAAGGCUCUUUUGACAAUACCAUAACAGACCCUGGAAAAAUAGCUCUUGCAAUUUAUGGUGGUCUCUUCGCCUAUGGAGGAUGGAAUUAUCUGAACUAUGUUACAGAAGAGCUAAAAGAUCCAGAAAAAAAUCUGCCACGUGCCAUCAUAUUAUCUGUGCCUGUAGUUAUCAUCAUCUACGUCCUCGCAAACAUUGCCUAUUUUACAGCAAUGUCGCCAGAAGAGCUGCUGUUAUCCAAUGCAGUGGCUGUGACUUUUGGAGAUAAGUUACUGGGGCCAAUGGCAUGGAUCAUGCCGAUUUCUGUAGCUUUAUCAACCUUUGGUGGUGUGAAUGGUCUUCUUCUGACAGGGUCAAGGAUUUAUUUUGUCGGAGCUCGUCAAGGUCAUCUUCCCGAUGCCAUAGCUAUGAUUAGCGUAAAAUAUAAGACACCUACACCUUCUCUGGUUCUGACGUGCUUUCUUUCUCUAAUGUACCUGUUGUCUCCCAACAUUAUAACACUGAUCAACUACUUCAGUUUCGUUACUUGGACGGCGACAGGCACCUCCAUCGCAGCUCUACUAUACCUCCGCUGGAAAGAACCAAACAUGCCUAGGCCCGUUGAGGUUAAUUUGUUGCUACCAAUAUCAUUCUUGCUAGCCUGUGUUUUCCUGGUGAUCAUGGGGAUAUAUGCUGCUCCUAUGGACACACUCAUAGGAAUAAUAAUCACUCUCUCGGGUGUACCUGUGUAUUUACUGUUUGUUUACUAUAUCGAUAAACUUCCUACAUUCUGGAGGGAUUUCGUCUAUAAGUGUACAUUAGUAGCUCAGAAGUUAUUUGUGGUUGUCAAGGAAGAGAAAGAAGAUUGAAGAAUUUUCCUUGGAAACCAUAUUUCUUCUUCAGGUUUUCACUUUCCUUUUUAAUACUAUGUUGCAGUUUCUGGAAUUUUUAUGCUUUAAAAUGAUUGCACAGACUUUACAAUAUUGACACUUUUGCAUUUAAUAUUUCUUUUAAAAUGCUAUUUUGCUCUUAUUUAUUUUUAGCGGUUCACAUUGUGUCCGGUGAAUUUAAUUUUACAUCUUUUGAAUAUUCCAAUGCAAAUUGUAUUAGACAUUUUAGAAAAUUAGGAAUGAUGAAGGGCGCCCUCAGUGGUCCAAAAUAUUUUUAAAAAAUGCUUGAAUACAAUGUACAGUAUUUGAAAUUUGGGUUUAAAAAAAUGGGCUUGGAGAUUUAUCUUUGCUGUUGAGUUUUCUUGCGAGCUAAAUUUACAAUCUUUCUUUUAAAUAUAUAAUUAUCUAUGGCAACGUAAGUGGUAGGAUUUUGUGUGGUGUUUUUACCACUGAUUUGAAAAUAAUGAAAAUAUGAAUUAAAAAUGAUUACAAUUAUACAAUCAAGGAUACAUCUUCUAAACAAAUUAAAUUAUUUACUAAACACACACACACUUGCUAUGCAAUGGAACCAAUCGCAUGUGUAGUGUAUACACAAGGUGUUAAAGGCAUUCGCAAUUAUUUAAAUUCCAUGUGAGGUAUACCAUCCCCGAUACUAGUAUACUGUCGCUGAAUGUUAAACUGAGUAAUUAUUGUAAGAAUGUGGCAUUAAAAGCUCAAUUUGUGGAGAACAUGAAUAUAUUAAAAAAGUCAAUUGUAAAUUUUUGGCCACUGUUCCUGGUUUCGAGACAGCAAGCCUCGUAUUAUUGGCAACCGGGGUGUAAUAGGCAAUUUUAUUAUAAUAUUAUCUAAAUAUUUAUGAGUCAAUGUAUAAACAAAAAUAUUCUCUAAAUAUAUUUUUUGUUAUAUGCUGGGAUAAAACAAAUGUACUUUAUAAUUCACAUCUACAUUAUAUCAUAGCAGGUAUACUGCAAUCUUGUAUGAGUUAAUGGAGGUAUAACGAUGUAUUUCUCCAUGAGUGAUUAGCAUACUGUUUUGAAGAUAUCAAUGCAAUUUUUAUGUAUUUUUUUUUUCAUUUGUUAAUCAUGUGUCUUCAUUUUACAUGUUGACAUACUACACAAAGACCACUAUAACUGUUUUUGUACAUUUUUGUUUGAACUCAUUCACUUUUUGGCUCCUAUGUAUUCAAUGAAUGUUGUGUGUGUGGGGUGUUUAUGCUGGAGUUAUGCACAUACUAUAAUGAUGCAAGAGGUGGUUAAACUGUGAACAUAUUGUGUGGAAAAUGUAAGUAUAUUAGUGAAUAUUUUUGUGUUUUAUGCAUUUGCUUAAGUUAUGCUUAUUGUGCAGCUAAAGAAUUUCUAGCUGCUGAUUUUCACCCUGCAACACAAGACAGCUUUUGUAUACUGUCUUGUUAGUUAUUUUUUUUCCCUUUGAAUUGUGUGUUUGGAGUAUAUAGAAGUUUGGGAGCAUUUGGUGCAGCAUUUACGGUGCGGGUCCUCAAUAUUGAGGUCGCUUUGUGUGAAAAUUUUGUUUGUGUCCUUGGCAUUUUACCAGUGGUGGUGCGUUAUUUUGAUUGGCAAUCUCUAAUAUUGUGGUUUAAAGGCACAAUUUAGACCAUAAUAAGCCAUAAAAACUCACUAUGUCAACUUUACAAGGAAUUAUUUAUUCCUCGACACCAACCAAGGCUCUUGUCGGGCCCUUGGUUCGGACAAUUCGAACCCCUCUGUCGGACAAUUCGGACCCCUUGUCAGCAAAUUUUUGGAGCCACCGCUACAUUUUACAUGUUCGUCUCAGUCAACUCAGGAGUAAAAUUAGGUACCUGAUAGUAAGCUGUGCCAUUAAAUGCUAUUGUCUAUGUAUACUAUCAAAGAACUUAAAUAGCAGAAGAAUGAGCUGAUCGCUUAGUUUGCAUUAAAUUCGAUGGAACAUCCGCCCUCUCUAGAAUGGAGGAAAAUCAUUUCAUGGAGUGAACUAACUAAUGAAAACAAACGAACCUGAGAGUUUUCCACCAAUCCAACCAAUCAAAGAUAUAGCGCCACCACUUGGAUGGAGGAAAAUUGCUGUCAUGGACACCCUCAUGAAGCGUUCCACUAUAUUGAGAACUGCUCUAUCUUUCACUAUUUAUUAUCUUUGAUACUAUGUAUUUCAGCAUGACAAGGAAUUCUCCCCAGAGAACUGACAAAAGUUGCACUUUGUGACAGUCUAGUCAUUAUAGAUCCAGAAACCAGGGAUAAUAAGAAAUUAAUGAUAAACUUCAGUCUUGUAUAGCCUUGAGCUGAUUGAGACGUAAUGAUUCUAUAGAAAACAAAUGGUGUGAACUCUAAAUAAUGAAAACGAAUUGAUGGUUAUGUCUAAUUGUAUUGUAUGAAAGUGGAAUAAAACAAGUUAUUCAGGAAUUCCCAAUUUCUAAAUUAUGUCAAGAUUGACAAUAGGGAACUUUCGAUUGCACGACGAUGGUAAGACGUAGAACGACAUUCCUAAAAUUCAUCUGCGCAUGCGAGAACAUUAAGGUCACCUCGUCGAGUACAUUUUGGAACGCAAUUUGGCCAAAUCUACCUAUGCAGAGAACGUAGGAUGUCAGGUAGGACGGUCACGCAUCAGUGAUUCCGUUCUAGCGUUGCUUCGUCGCACAAAUCGAAAGCUCCCGAAUAUAUCAGCAAGUUGAGUGUUCACGCAGAGGUAGACCUAUUUUAAUACAUGUUUUGUAAUACUCAUAGUGUUUAUACGGUAAGCUAGGCAUUACACCAACUUAAUUUAUUCAGUUUGAACACUCAACUUACUGAUUAUAUUAGUAAUAUUAUGAUAUAUUAUCAAUAGCGAUAUGUAUUUACUGUAUUUAAACUUGUUAUUUAAUCUUUAGUACACUUUUCAAAAUUAAGAUUAAGAGGUAAUGACUAAGUACUGUAUGUAUAAUAAUGUUGUAUGCAUCAUACUUUUCUGACAUUUAUUUAUGAUUUAUUGGAUUGGAUGUAUUUAUUAAUUAUGUUAAUGAAUGUGUAACUCAUUGUAGGUGUAGUCAUACAUAUUUUUGACAUGAUGAACUAUCAUUUGUUGCAGUGAAUAAUUUGUUGGAAUUGUUAAAACUAGCCAAAGUUUGCUAACUUAAAGUAAAUCCUGACAAUGAAUGUAAAAUAGUUUUUGUUAUUGAUUAUAAGCCUACAUAUUUUCAUUGGCAUCAUUAUGCUGGUGUUGUAACUGUAGUGUUUUCAUUCCUUUAUUUUAAACUUUUAUCACUUUUACCAUUGCUUAUGAUUCUUUUUAAUUUGCAUUUUGCAUUCAAUUGUGAAAUUAGAGUGUGUGGUAUAUUUGAUGUCAAUCUGCUUAGAAUGCAGAAGUUGCCAACUCUAAUAUUCCAUGAUCAGGAGAUUGCAGCACCCCUGUGUGCAUUCGAGCAAUAAACAGAAUCUGCAUUCCUUAUAAUUUUGUAGAAAAUAGCAUAGAGUUACGAAGCAUAUUGCUAAACAUUUGAGCAAAUUGAGGUACUUGUGGGUACCACAUUAACGGAGCUACUUUGUUAUAAGCAGUUAAGUGGGCUCGUCAAUGCAAUUUAGAACACCUAUCCCAUCGACCCAUUUUUUAUUUGCAUUUUGUACACCGGACCAAUCGCAAACAAAAUUGACCAGAUGGUGACUCCCGACCAAACACAUUGUCCUUAAACAAUUUAAACGGAAAAUGCACAGAUUUUGUUUUGCUCGAACACGCCCUCAGUUUUUGAUGCUGCGGGUGGGUUUUAAUUUAUCGCUAAUACUAUUAGUAUGUGCAUAAUAUUGUAUUUGUUGUACCAACUAUUUAUGAAGUGCAAACUCUAAUUUAAUUUGCACUCUAAAACAUUAGUACGAGAAGCUUUGCUUGGAGCAUUGGGUUUAAUAGAUAUUAAGGUUGGGUUGUGGUGUUUAAGGCUUGUUUUCUAGGCCUACACCAUUUUUCCUGGAUAUUUUUAUCAAUACACAGUAUUGUUUUUAUUUUCAUGGUGGAUGACUUUACAAUCAAGAAACAUACCCAGGAUAUUUAGACAUUGUGAUUGAACUGUUUUUAUUUUUUUCUGUUGGUGAAUAAUACAUUCAGUUGACCUACUACAAUGUUGUUUGUAGAAUCAAAAUUAUGGAUCGUGUUGUAAACGUAGAUAUACUGUAGCCUUAAAAAACGUUUAUCUAGCAGGUUGUUUUGGUGUGUAAUUGCAUGGUAAUGUAAACGUAUAUAGAAUUUUCUUCUUCUGACUUCUUACAGUCAAAAUUGUACUUCAAAUGAUUGGUAGGCUUGGGUGUGGUAUCACAAAACAAUGGAACUUUCGGCAGACCCGCCCUUUGGAUACACGCUGCUAAAAUCUCACAAACGACAAAGCAAGUGUACGCAAAGAUGUGUGAUUGUGGGACAAUACGUAUGUGCGUUUGUGAGAAGCGCGUAUUCCUCCUGGCCCUGACCUGAUUGGUCAGUAGUUAAGAUUGAUUCCUACUCUUAAAAGGUCCAUUUAAUGUGAUGCAUUAUAUUUAUGACAUUUUCAUUGCGAAAAAGGGUGUUUAUUUUGCAAAUAAGUAAAAUUAUAGUAAUCUUGUAGAUUGAAAUCAAAUCAAAAAUUUGAAUUAAAAUAUCUUUUCGCCCUUCGA